AUGUUUAUGCUUGUCAUCCUCAAAGGACGCGCUACCCCCACCCUCGGACACUCAGUCGGCUACUGUAGCAAGCACAUGAUGGCUUCCAUCCCAGACCCCCAGCCUAAGAAACGAGAGUCCCGUGCUGGGACGCGAAAGGUGACGUCUCUCUCGGCAGAACAACUCGAAAGAAAGCGCGCCAACGAUCGGGAGGCCCAAAGGACUAUUCGGCAACGGACAAAGGAGCAUAUCGAACGCCUGGAGCACCAAGUAGCGGAGUUAAAAUUGAAAGGGGAACAAUAUGAUCAUGUUGUCCGAAGAAACACUGCCUUGGAAAACGAGAUCAGGGCUUUAAAACAACAGCUAGCUUUGGCAAGAAGCGGACAAGCCUAUUCAAGCCCAGCCGAGGGCUCAUACAAUACCCCUUCCGGGCCAGUGCUUCCUUCUCAAUUCACAGAAUCCUUGAGAGUAAAUCCAGUUUCCAGGACUCCAUCGGCUCUUUCGGCAUCCAGCCAGGUCUCUGUUGCGCCUGACUGGCAACAAUACGGUUCCACAGGGUCACCUUCUAUCUGUGAAUCGUCGGACGCAGAUUACUCGAAUAGGGUAGAACCUUUUAUGUUCGAAGGCCAGUUACAAACGUCGAACCCGAUGGCUGUUGCAGCACCCCAAGCCAGCUUUAAUCGCCCCGGUGGUCGUCCUCCUGAUUCCAAUUUCCACUCAUAUUCACACUUGUACCCAGGAGGUGGUCCCAGCCAAGUACACCGAGGCGAGCAUCCACACAACCCUCAACACGUCGUGCAAUGUACGACGAGUCAACGAUCAAUGUCCGUGCCAACUAUUCCAUCAGAACGGGACCUUCAAACGAUUACAGCUAUGACUGGGAUCGUCGACAGUGAUUCCGUUGGCAGGUGGUCAUUAAAGGUGGUAUUUUUUAGUUGA